GGGCACUGGGGGGGGGGGUGUGGGCGGGGUUAUUCGAGUUCAAGUUCUCCGCGGUGACGUAGGGGGCGCGCGUCACGUGACGUUGUUGUUGUGGAUCUGGAAGUGGGCGGCGCUAGAACAGUCUGGAGAGAGCGAAGCGACCCCCCCGACACCAUCAACACACAGACACGAGUGGUGGAGGUGCUGGUGGUGGUGUUAGUGGUGUCUCUCUCUCUCUGUCUCUCUCUGUCUCUCUGUGUGUGUGACCCACAUCGCCUCGCUCACACAGAGCCGCUGCUGUCAGCUCGAAGCGAGAAGAAGUCGGGAGAGCGAGCGCCAAACUCGAGCGUUGUGCUGUCUGAUCGGGUCUUCCUCGCUCCGCUAUAGCUAACUCAACGUCGUCCGUCGGUCUCCGUGGUCCCCACCUCUUCCUCCUCCUCCUCCUGGUCCGCAAGCCUUCGCGAGCCUCCGUCAGCUGCGCUGGGGAGGACGCAGCGAAGCGUCCGGAACCAGUCAGCCGCCACCGCCCUCAGCGCCCCACUGCGUGUCUGAAGCAUGGACGACAGCAAGGCUCUUGGAGGAGUGGGUGGAGUUGGAGGUGGUGGAGUUGGUGGAGUUGGAGGAGGUGGAGGAGGAGGUGGAGGUGGUGGGGUUCUAGGAGGAGGAGGAGGAGGUGAUGGCAAAGUGAAGAAGAUCCAGCACAUAGAGCAGGUGAAGAAGCCGGGCAAGCGUGGGCGCAAGCCGGCCAAGAUCGACCUCAAGGCGAAGCUAGAGCGCAGCCGGCAGAGCGCCAGGGAGUGCCGCGCUCGCAAGAAGCAGCGCUACCAGUGCCUGGAGGAGAUGGUGUCGGGACGCGAGCGAGCCAUAUGUGCGCUGCGCGAGGAGCUCGACAUGUACAAGCAGUGGUGCAUUGCGAUGGACCAGGGCAAGAUCCCGUCUGAGAUCAAGGCGCUGCUGAGCGGCGAGGAGACCCCCCGCGGCCUCGCCUCCUCGCUCAGCAAGGAGAGGCCUGGCAAGCACUGAACGGGCGACGCCGCCGCCGCCGGGAGGAGACGGCGCGGGGAGAUUUU